AUGGUGGGCUCCAAGAGUGACAUCCUGUCAAUGCGCUCGGGCUCCUAUGCCCUGCUGCCCACCGGCGACCAAGACUCGCCAACACAAAAGGCAGCAAGCAUGGCCGAGUCAAGAAUACGGGCUGUCAGCGUGCUGGACUCGCAGCGCCAGGACCGUCCUCUCCGCAUGACCUCAAUCGCUAGUGGCUUGGAAGAUGAAGAGAAGCCAUGGGGCUGGGACAUGCUCAACGAGGACUUCCUGGAGACACCUGCGAUGCAGGGAGCUACCAUCUGCCUCAUCAUGAUGAAUGCCGUCAUCAUCGGCCUCGAGACGGAUUUUCCGGAGAAGUUCCCAUGGGACAUUGUAGAAAACAUUUUCCUGGUGUUCUUCACAAUGGAACUGGGGAUUCGAAUAUAUUGUCUGGGUGUGUUCAAGUUCUUCAACUUCCGCAACAAUCCCGACAUUGCCUGGAAUUUGUUCGACUUUAUGCUGGUGUCGAUGGGAGUCCUGAGCCUGGGCUUGCACUUCGUCGCAGGAUCCGAAGACGUUCUGGCCAGGAACGCCACCCUGUUCCGCAUCAUCCGUUUAUUGAGAAUUCUGCGCGUGCUGCGCAUCAUCCGCAUUGUGCGGUUCCUGAAGCAGCUCUACCUGCUCGCAUACGGGUUCAUCGAAGGAACCAUGGCCGUCCUCUGGGUUACGAUCCUGGCCUCGUUCAUGUUAUACAUUUGCGCGGUCAUCCUCGUCCGGGCAUAUGGACGCAGCACUCCUGAAGACGACCCCUAUCAUGAUUUCUUCAUUUCCCACUUCGGCAGCAUACCAAUGACCAUGUUCGCUUUGUUCGAGCUCAUUACAGCCCCUGACUUGGCACCCUACCGCGAAGCGAUGUUCGCCAAUCCUCCCCUCGUCGUCUUUCUGGUUGUGUUCAUUAUCUUGGGCAGCUUCGGCAUCAACGGUCUUCUCGUGGCCCUCAUCAACGAGAGCAUUCUGGAGAAGAACCAGGCACGCAUCGAAGCGGACCGAAUGGACCGCGAAACAAAGCGCAAGACCAUGCAGCAGCGCUGUGGGGAGCUCUUCGACGAGAUGGACGUGAACAGGAACCGCGUACUGCCUCGCGACGAGAUCAAGCAAUGCACGGAGCAGAUUGCAGAGCUUCUCGAAAGCUAUGGUGUGAACUUUCAGCGAGCAGAUUUGGACCAGAUGUUCUAUGUCAUGGACUACAGUGACACAGGCAUCAUCGAGCGGUCCGAGUUCAUCCAGGGUGUGGUGGGGCUGUGCGAUCAGAUCCGGCCAAUGUCCAUCAUGGAGCUCCACUAUCAGGUUUCAAAGACCUGCGGCAAAGUCGACCAGACUGAGCUAAAGGUCGAUGGACUGGCUAAGACGGUCGAAGGCUAUGAGGUCAAGAUAGACAGCGUGGAGUCCUCCCUGAAGCGGCUCACGGACCACAUGCCCAAGUCCACUUCGGCUGCCAGCCAGGGCUCCAACUCGAGGCGAACUUCCCGUGACUUGGACACGAUCCAGUCGGUGACCUUCCAUCAGGACGCGAUCCCAGAAUGGGAGGGCGAGGGUGAUGCCGACGACAUCUGGAGGGGUGCUGAUGUGAGCACUCGAGAGCGUGCAGACACUGCAGACAUUGCAAGCCAGUCCGAACGGUCCAGAGAGACCAAAGCAAGGAGCCCCAGCAGCGACUGCGCCGGUUACAAUGUCGCCCAGGAUGACGUGGCAGCAAACCUGGCCGAAGCGCACAAAGACGAAGGCCAGGAGCUCCAUGGCAUGCUGGCCAAGCAUGGCAAGCUGCUGACAGAGGCCCUCGAGGCUGUCCAGGCAUUUACGCAGUCUGCCGCAACCAAGUCGCCCGGCAAGGCCUCGAGGCUGACCAGCGUGAUGCUGCAGCUGCAGCGUGCUAAUGUCGAUGUGCUGAGUGCUCUUUUGAAAGAAAAUUCACAGUUAACGCCUGAGCCUGAGCCGGCUUUAAAGAAGCCGGCGGAUGGUACAGUUAUUGAUGUGCAGUAG